AUUCCCAUAGCUACACCUGGCUCUAUUCUCCAUGUUGUCUGCUGCCUGCUCCAGGACCGGGAGAAGUCCAGAACCUUCCAGCUGGACGGUGAGCACGAUGGUGCCUGUCCUGCUGUCCCUGCUGCUACUUCUGGGCCCUGCAGCCCCCGAGGAGACCCAGGCUGGGAAUUACUCUCUGAGCUUCCUCUACACCGGGCUGUCCAAACCCCGUGAGGGCUUCCCCAGCUUCCAGGCCAUUGCCUACCUCAAUGACCAGCCCUUCUUCCACUACGAUAGCGAAGGCAGGAGGGCCGAGCCCCUGGCGCCGUGGAGCCAGGUGGAAGGAAUGGAGGACUGGGAGAAGGAGAGUGCCCUUCAGAGGGCCAGGGAGGACAUCUUCAUGGAGACCCUGAGCGACAUCAUGGACUACUACAAGGACAGAGAAGGGUCUCACACCUUUCAGGGAGCAUUCGGCUGUGAGCUCCGGAAUAACAAAAGCAGUGGAGCAUUCUGGGGGUACGCCUACGAUGGCCGGGACUUCAUCAAGUUCGACAAAGAAAUCCCAGCCUGGGUCCCUCUGGACCCAGCAGCUCAGAACACCAAGCGGAAGUGGGAAGCAGAGGCAGUCUACGUGCAGCGGGCCAAGGCCUACCUGGAAGAGGAGUGCCCAGGCAUGCUGCAGAGGUACCUGCCCUACAGCAGGACCCACCUGGACCGACGAGAGUCUCCCUCUGUGUCGGUCACCGGGCACGCGGCCCCGGGGCACAAGAGGACACUCAAGUGCCUGGCCUACAACUUCUACCCACGAAGCAUCGGGCUGCACUGGACACGGGCAGGCGAUGCCAAGGAGGCUGAGUCAGGGGGCGACGUGCUCCCCAGCGGCAAUGGCACUUACCAGUCCUGGGUGGUGGUGGGGGUCCCCUCUGAGGACCAAGCCCCCUACUCCUGCCACGUGGAGCACAGAAGCCUGGCCCAGCCCCUCACUGUCCCGUGGGACCCACGGCAGCAAGCCAAAUAGUCACCCUUUCUGUGCCAUGAGAGAGGUGGGCGCUACGAGCCGCUGUCAACGUCGUGGGCCAGGCCCAGGGGACGGACGGCAGUGGAUUCCGGGUGGUGGAUUUGAGAGGGAAGACUUGAAUGCGGAGCGCUGAGCCGUCUCACGGCCAACCAUCCUUGCAAAUAACCCAUUAUGUAAUCUGCAAAAUCAAAUCAGUAUCAUUGCCUUAUGGAAUGAUUAUUUUUAAACUGCAAAGUGCUCUAGAAAUGUGGGAGUUUGUCAUUA